UUGAUUGCAUACACCUGUGUCCAUGGAGGGGAUUGGAACACCUGAAUCACAUGAUAUGGAGGGGAUUGGAGCACCUGAAUCACAUGAUUGGUAGGGGAUCGGAACACCUGAACCACAUGAUUGGGAGGGGAUUGGAACACCUGAAUCACAUGAUUGAGAGGGGAUUGGAACACCUGAAUCCCAUGAUUGGGAGGGGAUUGGAACACCUGAAUCACAUGAUUGGGAGGGGAUUGGGACACCUGAAUCACAUGAUUGAGAGGGGAUUGGAACACCUGAAUCCCAUGAUUGGGAGGGGAUUGGAACACCUGAAUCACAUGAUUGGGAGGGGAUUGGGACACCUGAAUCACAUGAUUUGGAGGUGGGGGGGGCCAAUAUAGUGUAUAUAGUG